AUGCUUUGUGAAAUUAUACGGAAAUUUUAAAACUCAUACAACAAAUUUGGAUCAGAAUAAUAUUAAUAAUGGAAAAUGUAGGAAUUCUAAAUGGAAAUGGAUUUAGUUUAAAUCCCAACUUUGUUUAUUUCAUUUAUAAUAAUCUUAGUAAGAUUGAUUAUUAGUCAAAGGGAUGCGGAACUAUAUAUUCAAUUAAGCAUAAACUGCUUAUCACAUUUACUUUUAGUGAUUCUUAUUAAAAAAAGUUAAUCUUGUAAGGCUAUCAUGACUCAAAUAACUCGAAUUUGUUAAAUUAUUAUCAUUAAUUGGUAUUGUCUAUAUUUUUAUAUGACAAACUCAUCGUUUUUAUUAAUUUACACCACAAUUAAUGUAAUUUAGUUUAAUAUGGCCUAUACAAUAAAACUGAAACUGUUAACUUUGGGAAUAUGUAUAGGAGGAUAUUGGAUAUCUAGUAUUGAAAAAUCUUAUGAAUGUUUAGGAUUUUUUAUAUUAAUAAUGAUUAUGCAUAUGUUGAGAAGAGAAGGAAUUUAGAUAUUAAUUUACUCAAAACUUUAAGCAUUAUUUCUAAUUAUAGAUACAAUUCCAUCGGCUAUGUGUAUAGUUUAAAAAAAUAAAAAUUAAUUGCUUUAUUCAAAUAAGAGUUUUGAAAAUUUAUCCUUAACAUUAGAAGGAUCAAAUAACUCUGAUACAGAUUAAUCACCAGAUAGAUUUAUAAAUUAUUCAAAAUUAUAAUUACAUUUUUUGUAAAAUCUUUAACUAACAGAAUUGAAUUAAUAAGGAAUAUCAAUAAUUGAUUUUGAAGAUGAAUUAUAGAUUGAUUAAUAUAAGAUACGGAAAGUGAAUUAUAAAAAGGAAAUUUUAAGUCCUGAGUGUGGAUCAAGAUAAUUGAUAUAUAAUUUAAGUGAUAAAGGUCCAUUAAAUAAAAAAAUAUCAUAUAAAUAAGAAUUCUUUUCAUCAUUUAAAAUAAAAGAUGAUGAAUAAGUAAUAAAAAAAUAAUAUACUGCAGAUAUAUCAUUGUAAGUUGAAUUAAGACAUUAACCAUAUAUGUGUACUUAGAGUUCAAAGAAGAAAUAAAGAAAGAGAUCAUCAAAUAGAAUUAGUAUUAAUAAACCUUCAACUCCUACAAGUGGAAAAUAAUCUUUUGAGUAAAUUCUAAGAGAUAAUAAUCAAAAACAUCAAAAUUUAUCUCCUUCAACCAUGAAUCAUGAUAUGAAGUUCCUAAUUUAUGUUAUUGAGAAUUAUAAGUUAUUUGAUGAGGAAGAUGAUUUCUAAAUAUUUUUUGUUCAUGAAUUGAAUCCAGUUCUUUUAAAAACUAGUUUAAAAAAAUUAGAAUCAGUAAAGAAGAAUUUGUUAAGAUCUAUUUCUCAUGAAAUGUUAACAAAUUUAAAUGCUGCUUAUGGUUAUAUAAAACAAUGUUAGGAUAGUUUAUUAAAAGGAGAAUAGAUGUCUGAAUAAUUAGCAUGUGCUUUGAGAUACACAAAAUUAUAAUUAUUCAAAGUUCAAGAUUUUUUUGAUUAUAGAUAUUUAUUAGAUAAUAAAUUAAAAUUGAGAGAAGACAAAUUUGAAUUAAUUAAUGCUAUAACAGAAUGUGUAGAUUUGAUUAAAGAUUAAAUUUAUAGAAAAUAAUUAAGUUAUUAAUUAGAUAUUCCAGAGAAUUGUGCAUAUAUUAUUAAAGGGGAUAGGUAAAGAUUUUGUUAAGUUAUUUUAAAUUUAUUAACAAAUGCUAUUAAGUUUACUAUUUAAGGUGGAAUCACAGUAGAAGUGAAAAAAAAAAAAAAUUCUCCAUCUUAUUUUGGUAUUAUAGAUGAAGUUCAAUCUUAAUUUUCAUAAGAAGAUACUAAUAUUUUAGAAAUUUAUAUAAAAGAUAGUGGAUUUGGUAUGGAUGAGGAAGAAUUAGUUACUUUGAGAAAGAAAGUAAAAAAUAGUCAAUUAUAUUAGUUACAUGUUGCAGAUGAAGAUGAAAAAGUAUCUAAAUAUUCUGUUGGAAUUGGUUUAGGUUUAUCAGUUUGUAAAUCAAUAAUUCGGUAAUUAGCCCCAGAAAAUUCUAAUCUCUUAUUUGUUGAUUCUGUUAAGGAUAGUGGUUCAUCAUUUUAUUUUUGUCUUAGAUAUAUUGAAGAAAAAUCAUCAAUACAAAAAUCUUUAUAAAUGACUAUUCCAUUAUAAGAUGCAUAAAGUGCAUCUGUUAAAGUCUUAAAUUAUAAUAAAGGCCAUUAAUUCACAGCAAUUAAUAUUUUCAAAAGAAGCAAUUCUCAUGAUUUGUCUAUAGAAAUUCCAAAAAAACGAUAGAAUCAUUGUAAAUGUGAAACUAUUUUGAUAGUUGAUGAUGAGUAAUUUAAUAUUGAUAUAAUUGCCCAUACCAUAAAGGAUAUGGGAUUCUAAAUAGAGACUGCCUUUAAUGGAAAGUAAGCUAUAGAAAAAGUAUCAAAGAAAUUAUAAGAUAAAUGUAGUGGAAAAUGCACUGGUUAUCAUUGUAUAUUGAUGGACAUAAAUAUGCCAUUAAUGAGUGGUUGGGAGGCUGUUUAAAUAAUUCGGUAAAUUGAAUGCGAAUAAUAAUUGGUUAAGGCAAUACCUGUAAUUGCUGUAACUGCUUUUUGUAGUAUAUCAGACUAAGAAAAAAGUAUAAAUGAAGGUUUUGAUGGAGUAAUAAUAAAGCCAGCUACUAGAGAGAAGUUAAAAGGGUGUUUCGAAAAUCUAAAUUUAUGA